CCCAUGCUCGGGGCUUUGUGCAGGAGUUUCCCCAAUAGAAACCAGCUGUGGACCCGAGAGCCAGAGCAGAGUGAGCAAAGAGAAGCACCGAUCCAGGAAAAGCGGCCGUCAUAUCUCUCGAUAGCAAAGCCGGGCAGAGCGCACGUCUUUGCCAGGGAACACGUCCAGGGGCAGAGCAGCGCGCACCGAUUACUGGAGGUCUGUAGGUUUAUUUUAUGUCCGGGACAAAGAGAGAGCACCCUCCGGUUACGGUCGUGUGUUUACAUCGGAAUCCUGACCACAGUGGAAGUUAUCCGGAAGACUUGCGUGAAAGCGCUUCGACACAAGUAUUUGCCUUUACAGCAAUACAGGUAGGCUGCUUGAGCCUAUGGACGCGCUACUGAUGACAACAGAUCACCUCCCAGCUUAAGGUGACAGUCUUGAUUUACUGUUCGUGGCUGCGGCCUCUCAGAAAGACGCGCUCCGUCCAUCAUGGAUGUUGGACGGAUAUGUUUUUGCACCUGGACCAAGUCGUCCACAGGAAGCGCCCGGGAAGUCUUGAAAACAUACGUGGGAUUAUUUGUGAUGCUUCAUCUCAUGCUCCACGCGGAAGCCUCGCUGGUGUCAAAGUCUUGUGAUAAAAACUGUUUCUCAGGGAAGUGCAUCAAUGGAACGUGCGUGUGUGACCACGGAUGGGUCGGGGAUCAGUGCCAGCACUGUCAGGGCAGAUUCAAGUUAACAGACGUGUCGGGCUUUCUCACAGAUGGACCAGUAAACUACAAGUACAAAACCAAAUGCACUUGGCUAAUAGUAGGACAUCUUAAUGCAGUACUCAGGCUGCGCUUCAAUCACUUUGCCACUGAGUGCAGCUGGGACCAUAUGUAUGUCUACGAUGGAGACUCCAUUUACGCCCCUUUGGUUGCUGUCUUCAGUGGCCUUGUGGUGCCAGAGGCCACAGGUAAUGAUACGGUCCCUGAGGUAGUGACGACGUCUGGCUACGCCCUGCUUCACUUCUUCAGCGAUGCUGCCUACAACCUGACUGGCUUCACCAUUGCCUAUUCGGUCAAUUCAUGUCCCAACAACUGUUCAGGCCACGGUAGGUGCAGUCCAGCCAACUCUGUGCUCGGCCGUGUGUACUGUGAGUGUGAGGAGUACUGGAAAGGAGAAGCCUGUGACAUCCCGUACUGCAGAGACAACUGUGGCAGCCCUGAUCACGGCUACUGUGACCUGACCGGGGAGAAGCUCUGCGUCUGCAACGACAGCUGGCAAGGUCCAGACUGCUCUCUGUCUGUUCCCUCCACUGAGGCCUUCUGGGAGCUGCCCAGUGUUAAACCAUCAGCUCAGUCUCUGGGUCGGGCUUCCCAUCAGGCCCUGGUGCACUCUGGGUUGAUGUGGGUGGUAGGAGGCUACUCCUUCAACUACUCCAACUACCACAUGGUCCUCAACUACAACCUGGAGACCAGCACGUGGGAUGUGGUGCCCGUCAGCAGUGGCCCUCUCUACAGAUACGGACACUCUCUGGCUCUCUACGAGGAUGACAUCUACAUGUUUGGUGGAAAGCUGGAAGCAGGAUCAGCUAACGUGACCGACGAGAUGUGGGUGUUCAACAUCCCCAGACGCACCUGGUCACGACGGAAACCAGCCCUGCCUCCUCCCUACGCCCUAGAAGGACACACUGCCCACAUGGCAGAGCUGGCUGAUGGCGAGCCAGUGAUGCUGAUCUUCUUUGGCUACUCACCAAUCUACAGCUACAUCAACAAAGUUCAGGAGUACAGCAUCAGGUCGAACUCAUGGCAGGUUGUGCCUACCGGCGGCGCGGUGGUCCAGGGAGGUUAUGGCCACAGCAGUGUGUACGAUGAGGUCAGCGACAGCGUGUUUGUCCACGGGGGAUACAAAGCACUUAGCAACAACAAGUACGGCCUGGUGGACCACAUGUACUGCUACAACGUGCACACGAGGACAUGGCUGAUUCUCCGAGAGAGCGGUUUGGCACGAUACCUCCACACCGCGGUGCUGCUGAGCGGCACGGUCCUGGUUUUUGGGGGAAACACUCACAAUGACACGUCACUAAGCAACGGAGCCAAGUGCUUUUCUGCUGACUUCCUGGCGUACGAUAUAGCUUGUGAUGAGUGGGCUGCCCUCCCCAGACCAGGGCUGCACCGUGACGUCAACCGCUUCGGACACUCUGCUGUGGUCAGUAAUGGCUCCAUAUACAUCUUCGGUGGCUUUUCGGGCCUCCUUCUGAACGAUGUGCUGGCCUACACACCUCCGUCCUGCCAGGCCUUUUCUAACCCAGCUCUGUGUGCUGCUGCCGGGCCGGGCCUUCGCUGCCACUGGGUCAAAAGCAGAUGCAUGCCCUGGGAGCCCAAACCACCUGACCACAUUAUUCCUGCUCCUUUUUGCCCUGCACGGCCGGCCAGUACAGACGAGCAGUGUUUCCGGUUCUCAGACUGUGCCAGCUGCACCGCCAACACUCGGGGCUGUCAGUGGUGUGAGGACAGGAAGUGCAUCUCUGCCUCCAGCAACUGCACCGUGCUGACUCUGGAGCUGGCCCAGCAGCAUGGUGGCACUCUGUCUCUGUCUCGCCCUCCAUCCAUCUUGUCUGAACAUCAGCUGACUUUGUGGAAGCACGGAGCCAGAAGAAGAGGACAUUCGGUGAGAGACUCGUUCAGGUGUGAGCACAGGGAGGACCAGGAGUGUUUCAGACUGGCCAACUGUAGGAGCUGCUCUCUCAGCGUCAACUGUCAGUGGGAGCCGCAGCAGCAGGAGUGUCAAGCGCUGCCUGGCCAGCUGUGUGGAGAGGGCUGGUACCGUGUUGGGGAGGCCUGUCUGAGGAUCAACUCCAGCAGAGAGAGCUAUGAUAAUGCCCAGCACUACUGCAAGAACCUGGGAGGAAACAUUGCCUCUUUGCUCACAGACAAACAAGUCGGUUUUGUUCUGGAGGAGCUGCAGAAAUACCAGCUGCAAGGCAAGAGGUUAUCUCCGUGGGUUGGCCUACGAAAGAUCAACGUGUCGUACUGGGGCUGGGAGGAUGCGUCACCCUUCACCAACACCAGUCUGCAGUGGUUACCUGGAGAGCCCAGCGAUUCAGGCUUCUGUGCCUACCUGGAGCGCACGCAGGUGGCUGGACUGAAAGCCAACCCCUGCACCGCUGCCACCGACGGCCUGAUCUGUGAAAAACCUGUUGGUAGUCCACAGAGUCCGAGUGCUCGUCCCUGUAAGACGCCCUGCUCUCUGCGCACCAGCUGUGCCAACUGCACCAGCCAGGCUGUGGAGUGCAUGUGGUGUGGAAGUAUGCAGCGCUGCGUCGACUCCUCGGCGUACGUCAUCUCCUUCCCCUACGGCCAGUGUCUGGAGUGGCAGACCCAGGACUGCACCGCUCAGAACUGUUCAGGUCUGAGGACAUGCGCAGAGUGUCUGGAGAGAUCCGAGUGCGGUUGGUGUGGUGAUCCCAGCAACACUGGUAGGGGCGUUUGCAUGGAAGGCUCCUAUCGAGGCCCCCUGAAGCCUGCAAGGGCCUGGCCCCAAGACCAGGACAGACUGCGAGACAGGGACAUGGCGCUGGACCAGAGUCUCUGUAGCUCUGAUAGAGGCUACAACUGGGCCUUUAUCGACUGUGCGGCGUGUCAGUGUAAUGGUCACAGCAGGUGUGUGAACGGCAGCGUGUGCGAGCGCUGUGGGAACCUGACAGCAGGGACGCACUGCCAGACCUGCAUGCCCGGUUACUAUGGCGAUCCUAUCAAUGGAGGGAAAUGUAAUGCCUGCAAGUGCAACAGCCAUGCCACCAUGUGCCACAUCAACACUGGGAAGUGCUUCUGUACCGCUAAGGGCAUCAAGGGAGACCAGUGUCAAUUAUGUGACUCAGAGAAUCGUUACCUUGGUAACCCUCUCCGAGGAACAUGUUACUACAAUCUGUUGAUCGAUUACCAGUUCACCUUCAGUUUGCUUCAGGAAGAUGACCGUUACUACACUGCCAUCAACUUCCUGGCUAAACCUGAACAGGUCAACAAAAACCUCGACAUGUCCAUCAAUGCCUCCAACAACUUCAACCUCAACAUCACUUGGUCCUUGAGCUCAACAGCUGGCACCAUCUCGGGUGAGGAGAUGCACAUCACAACUAGGACCAACAUCAGGGAGCACCGCAACAGUUUCUCCUGUGAAAAGUUUAAUUUCAGAGUUCGCCACAACAUCACCUUCUAUGUCUACGUGUCCAACUUCAGCUGGCCAAUCAAGAUCCAGAUUGCUUUCUCUCAGCACAACAGCAUCAUGGACCUGGUGCAGUUCUUUGUCACCUUCUUCAGCUGUUUCCUGUCUCUCUUACUGGUCGCUGCUGUGGUUUGGAAAAUCAAACAGACCUGCUGGGCCUCACGACAAAGAGAGCAGCUGAUGAGAGAGCGACAGCAGAUGGCCAGUCGUCCCUUUGCUUCGGUUGCUGUUGCGCUGGAGGUGGGCGGUGACCAAGAGGAGCUGCUACAGGCAGUACCGAAGCCCAUAGCCAUGGAGCCGUGCUGGGGGAGCAGAGCAGGUGUUCUGACAGUGCUGUUGUACCUGCCCAGAGUCCCAUCUGGAAUACCUCCACCAGGACAGUCAGGUGUGGCUAUAGCCAGUGCUCUUGUAGACACAUCACAACAGCGAGCAAUGGACUUCAAGGAGAGAAGCCUGGGUCUCAAGCACCGCAAACACGUCGUGCCCCAUCAAGGGACAUGUGUCUGAAUGGGACACCCUAACUGAGAUGACAACAUAUCCACCUGCUCUUGCGGGAUUUCACUGGAGAAACUCUGACUUUAGACAGUGGGUGACACUGUAAAGACAAGCUGCCAAAAACUGGGUUGUGAAAGGACAUGGAUCAGACCGAGGACACAACUACUGUUCUCAACAGGCAAACAGAAAAUGGAACAUAUGAAUCAUACGGAAACUUGAUCAACAUGUUCUUUUUGUCCCUUGCAGAGGGACACAGAGAACAUGUGUGGUCAGACAUUCCCUGAGACAGCUGGCAGACUCCAUGCCAUGUGGCUCUGUGUUUCCAGGGCUCAACUUGAUGUCAGCCAUGCACUCUGCCAUACUGACAGAGAAAAACACUUGUUUUUGCCAAGACAACAAACUAACAGCUUUGAGCUCCAGCAAAAGAUAACGAGUUGAAAUUAGUUGAGCUGAAAUGAAGUCCUCCUGACUUCCAGACCCACUGGAGCUCAGUAGCAACGCUGGAAAAAACAACACGGACCUAACUAGAUCAACGCAAAACACUGGAGUGGGCGGUGCUCUGUGACAAGGAUGGAUUUGACUGAUUAGAAAGUCUGUUCCAGGAAUUUGACAGACUACUGUUGAUCAGACUUUGAAGAACUGCCUCUGGCUUGGAGGAACUUUAGAACGUACGUGAUUUGUUGUUCCCUGCACCUACAUUUAAAAGUCUGACAUUCUGAUAUCUGCUCAGGUCCUCUGGAAUGAAAACAGCCUAUUAUACAUCUGUAUAUCAGGGCUGCAUGGUUCAUCAUUUUGUGAGUGUGAUUUUGAUCCCUGUGCGAUCUCAGUCUCGUGUGACCAUCAUUCUCCCGUGCAUCAAACCAAGCGCUCCCUUUUCCUUGGUUAACCAAUAACAACAACUAGUAACUGCAAAGUGAUUUAUUUCUGCCUCAACUGCUAUUCGGUACUAGGUGUACAUGGCAGGCAGUGCAGUGUUUCAAUAAUAGUUGCAGGACUGCACAGAAUAUUUCACAACAUCAAUCAUGUUGGAUUUGUCUUCUCCGAUUGUCUACAGCUCGUCACCUGAUGUAACGCAUUUCUACUAUUGGUUAAUGCAGCUUAGUGAGGAAAAGGGAGCACUUGGUUUGAUGCAAGGGAUCUCGGUGCUAAUGGCACAGUCAGUCAGGUGAGACUGAGAUCGCACACGGAUCUAUAUCACACCCUCCAUACGAUUACUCAUGCAGCCCUACUGUAUAUGCACUAAAAGCAAAAUGCUUUACCGGUACAUGGGGGAUAAAUGAUAUGCAACUGAUCAUCCCUACAUAGUGUUUAUAUUCUGGGCUGCUUUGUAACCUCACCGUCACCAUCACCAUACUACUGAUGGUAUCUAAUCCAUAUUAAUUCACUCCUUUACUACUGUGAAGCUACAGUAAGUUUCAUGUCUGUUUGUGACCGACCUUUAUGUAACAUAUCUUUAUAUUAUUAAUUAUGCAAAUUACAAUUAAACAAUUUUUCAAGUUUUACAAACGCACUUGGAGUUGAUUUUUUUUAACCGAGUAAAGAAGUGAUUUUUUUAGAGCAUGUCUGCAGUUUUCCUUUCUUGUGCUCCUGCCCUCAAUGUCUUUUCAUCUGAUUAUUGUCGGGUUGGUGAUUCUUUUCAGAAGCAUUUUUGUUACAUAUCUUGAAUUUCUCUUUUCAUCUUGAUGGCAAUGAAUACACUAAAUGCACCGACGAGGCUGAAAAAACCCUGACCAAUAAUUUUACUUGUCCUAAGCAGAACCAUUGAACGGCCUACCUGCCUGUCAGUCUAACUUCCUACUGCUACCUGCAGUACGAGAACAAGAAGACCGCCGCAUGGAACAGACUCCUUUUACACGCAGCCACGAGGAAAGUACCAACAGUAAUCAGCUCUAAGUAGAUAGAUAGGACUGUAAUGCAGUUAACUGGGCAUCAAAGGCCACACGCAGUGUUCAUGUUACCAAGAUGGAAUAAAGCCUGUGUUUUUUGAACAGACUUAGUCGGCCUCCCUCUUCACAAAAGCCCAGACCUCUAAGGCUAGUUACCGGCUACGAGCCAGGGCUAAAGCUGAGGUCCCCAAAUACAGUUUGGCGCUGCAGAUCUGGGCGGGUAACACCAUAAUCGAGAAAGUUACAACUAAAAAGAAGUUGGAUGCUGCAAGAAGUAAAACCAGAAUUGACAUUAUUGUGGCUUUUGAACGAUGACAACUGAGAGAACAAAAGGGG